AUGGACGAGGACAAGCAGCAGCAGGAGGAUGAGCUGUGUGCGCUGCGAGCCAUCUAUGGCGAUGCAUUUGUGACAGAGCUGGAUGCCUCUCUCAGCUUUGCCAUCCCGGAGGCCGCGGCGCAGCCGCACCUCGUGCUGCGGGUGCACCUGCCGGCAGCAUACCCGUCUGAGCUGCCGCCAGUGUUCGAGCUCAGCGACAGCUGCAACUGCCUCCCUGCGGAUGUGCUGAGCGGCCUGGCCAGCGAGCUGGAAGCCAUGUUCUGCCCAGGCGAGGUGGUGUUGUGGACUUGGAUCGAGCACCUGCGGGAGCAGUGGGCCUCCCUGGCACCGCCCCAGCAGCCUGCCGACGGUCCAGAGGAUGCGGCAGCAGCGACGGAAGCACAGGAUGCCGACUCUGCUUUGGCAGCGGAGCUUCAGGCGGCAGAGCUGCUGCUGGGAGCCGGCGGCGGUGGCGGCGACCAGCAGGUUCCAGGGCAAGAGGCUGAGGGGGAUGCCGAGCUGGAAGCGGCGAUGGCAGAGGUUGUGCAGACUGUGGUGCAUGGCGUGCCUUUCACAGAGAAGCGGUCCACCUUCCAGGCGGGUGCUGCACCGGGUGCUGCCACUGUGCUCUCGGCGCACCUGGCGCCGGCGCGCAGCCUGCGGCAUGUGGAGGCGCUGGUGGAGCUGCUGCUGAAGAACAACAAGAUCCGGGCGGCCGCGCACCCCACCAUCAUGGCCUACCGAAUAGAGCAGGGCGCCCAAGGCACCUUCCUGCAGGACUAUGACGACGACGGCGAGACGGCGGCGGGCAGCCGCCUGCUGCACCUGCUGCAAAUGACCAAUGCGCGCAACGUGUGUGUGGUGGUCAGCAGAUGGUUUGGCGGCAUCCUUCUGGGCCCAGCUCGCUUCACCCACAUCAACAAUGCGGCCCGCGAGCUGCUGGAUGCCUGCGGCUACAUUGCUGCCAAAGAUGGCGCCAGCAAGGGCGGCGGCAAGGGCAAGAAGCGGUAG